AUGCCACGACCCCGCACAUCCCUGAAAUCCUUCCUCCACUCCGCCAAAUCCAUCCUCACAGCACCAUCUUCUACCUCUCGUCCCCCAGUUACCUUUGUGAUCGGAAACGAAUCAGCAGACGUCGAUUCAAUCUGCUCCUCCAUCCUCCUCGCAUACCUAAAAACCUACUCGCCGCACCCCCAUCGCAACUACCCAGAUACAUUCUACAUUCCGCUCUCCAACAUCCCGCGCGCAGACCUACGUUUACGACCUGAACUCCUCCCAGUUCUCAAACACGCGCAUUUAGACACUGACGACGUACUCACGCUCUCUGACCUUCCGUUUCCAAUUGAAAAAGACGAUGGAUCUGAGUUGGCGAGGGAUAGCAAAUGGUUCCUAGUCGACCACAACGUCCUCACCGGCUCCCUAGGCACCAGAUUCGGCAACAAGGUGGUCGGAAUAAUCGAUCAUCACUUCAACGAAUAUGAGCAUCCUCUCACUCACGACCCCGUCCACGGGGAAGGCCGCGCCAUCGAAGGCGUCGGAUCAUGUGCAUCCCUCAUCAUCCAACACGCCCGCAAGGCAAACAUGUUUCCUGCGCGCAACCAAGCAUGGGAUGAAGAGCUCGCGUACUGUGCAGAUGGAUUUUGA